GCGCCGGCCGCGGGCCGGGUGGGGAUGCCCCUGCACGUGAAGUGGCCGUUCCCCGCGGUGCCGCCGCUCACCUGGACCCUGGCCAGCAGCGUCGUCAUGGGCUUGGUGGGCACCUACAGCUGCUUCUGGACCAAGUACAUGAACCACCUGACCGUGCACAACAAGGAGGUGCUGUACGAGCUCAUCGAGAACCGAGGCCCGGCCACGCCCCUCAUCACUGUGUCCAAUCACCAGUCCUGCAUGGACGACCCUCAUCUCUGGGGGAUCCUGAAACUCCGCCACAUCUGGAACCUGAAGUUGAUGCGUUGGACCCCUGCAGCUGCAGACAUCUGCUUCACCAAGGAGCUACACUCCCACUUCUUCAGCUUGGGCAAGUGUGUGCCUGUGUGCCGAGGAGCAGAAUUUUUCCAACCAGAGAAUGAGGGGAAAGGUGUUCUAGACACAGGCAGGCACAUGCCAGGUGCUGGAAAAAGAAGAGAGAAAGGAGAUGGCGUCUACCAGAAGGGGAUGGACUUCAUUUUGGAGAAGCUCAACCAUGGGGACUGGGUGCAUAUCUUCCCAGAAGGGAAAGUGAACAUGAGUUCCGAAUUCCUGCGUUUCAAGUGGGGAAUCGGGCGCCUGAUUGCUGAGUGUCAUCUCAACCCCAUCAUCCUGCCCCUGUGGCAUGUCGGAAUGAAUGACGUCCUUCCUAACAGUCCGCCCUACUUCCCCCGCUUUGGACAGAAAAUCACCGUGCUGAUCGGGAAGCCCUUCAGUGCCCUGCCUGUACUCGAGCGGCUCCGGGCGGAGAACAAGUCAGCUGUGGAGAUGCGGAAAGUCCUGACGGACUUCAUUCAAGAGGAAUUCCAGCGUCUGAAGACUCAGGCAGAGCAGCUCCACAACCACCUCCAGCCUGGGAGAUAGGCCUUGCUUGCUGCCUUCUGGAUUCUUGGCCUGCACAGAGCUGGGGCUGAGGGAUGGACUGAUGCUUUUAGCUCAAAUGUGGCUUUUAGACAGAUUUGUUCAUAGACCCUCUCAAGUGCCCUCUCCGAGCUGGUAGGCAUUCCAGCUCCUCCGUGCUUCCUCAGUUAAACGAAGGACCUCAGCUGCUUCCCCCACUUGGCCAAGCAGGGAGGAAGAAGCUUAGGCAGGGCUCUCUUUCCUUCUUGCCUUCAGAUGUUCUCUCCCGGGGGCUGGCGUCAGGAGGGAGCAUAGAAGGCAGGUGAGCAACCAGUUGGCUAGGGGAGCGGGGGGCCCACCAGAGCUGUGGAGAGGGGACCCUAAGACUCCUCGGCCUGGCUCCUACCUACCACCCUUGCCGAACCAGGAGCUGCUCACUACCUCCUCAGGGAUGGCCGUUGGCCACGUCUUCCUUCUGCCUGAGCUUCCCCCCCCCGCCACAGGCCCUUUCCUCAGGCAAGGUCUGGCCUCAGGUGGGCCGCAGGCGGGAAGAGCAGCCCUUGGUCAGAAGUCAAGCCCAGCCACGUGGAGCCUAGAGUGAGGGCCUGAGGUCUGGCUGCUUGCCCCCAUGCUGGGGCCAACAACUUCUCCAUCCUUUCUGCCUCUCAACAUCACUUGAAUCCUAGGGCCUGGGUUUUCAUGUUUUUGAAACAGAACCAUAAAGCAUAUGUGUUGGCUUAUUGUAAAA